AUGGGAGCAUAUUUAUCGGAACCCGUUACUGAAAAAAUAUCCAGUGAUGAAUCUAACAACAAAUAUGAAUGCGGCGCGAGUUCUAUGCAGGGGUGGCGUGUCAACCAAGAAGAUGCUCACAAUACAAUGUUGGAUUUUGACGUGAAUACAUCUCUUUUCGCCGUUUACGAUGGACAUGGCGGGGCUGAAGUCGCUACAUACUGCUCGCAGAAUUUGCCUAAUUUCAUUAAAAACACAGAUGCAUAUAAGAGCGGCGAUCUUGUGAAAGCAUUAACUGAUGCAUUUCUUGGAUUUGAUGAUUCUAUUGCCACAAAAGAGGUUAUGGACAUUUUAAAAGAACUGGCAGGUGAAAUAAACCCACCUGGCCCCAGCGAUAAUGAGGAAUCAGAAGAUGAAAGUAUUAGUAAUUUAUAUAAGGAUGCUCGCCUACCCCUACAGGAGGUUUUGGCAAAAUAUGAAAACAAACUCAGUACUCUACAUCGUGCGAGACUUGGAGACAAAACCACACCAUUGUCUCCAUGCUUAAGAGCAAAGAGAAGCAUUGAUGAACCUGGUGGUUCAGGUUCCGGAGCAUCUAGCUCUAAUGCAGAAUGUAGUGUUGCAGCUGGAUCAAGCAGUGAACAGCCAAAUGAAGCUGCUUCCAGCAGUAAUGGCUCAAAUUCUAAGGAGGUGCGUAAUGGGGAAGAUGCCGGCGGAGUUUCCUCAAGCAAUUCUGACAAAGAUAGAAAUGGAGAGGUGUCAACCAGUGACUCAACUGAUAAGACUCCAGAGAAAAUUGCAAUGGAAGUAGAAACCACCCCAGACAGCUCAGCAGAUAAUAAUUGUCACCAGCCGGAACAGAGUGAAAACAGUAAAGAUCAAAACGGGUCAAAAUCUGCUGUAUGCAAUGGAGAAGUUUCUGAAUCAAAACAAGUUGGUGAAGAAAAUAUUUCAUCUUCUAAUGGCAGUGCUACACCCGACAAGAAUAAAGAUAAAUCACCAGUAUCAAGUUCUGACAAGCCACUACCUGAUAGACCUAAAAAGUCGAAACUCCGACGCGCAGCGGCAGCUGUUUACGAAUCGUUACUACGACAAGCCAGCUUGGACGAGGAUGAAAGUGACUCUAAUGAUGAAACAUUUGAAGGUGGAGAAGUGGACUCAUCUGAGGAGGAAGCUGUGAACGGCAUGGAAGAGUCAUCUAAUGAUGGAGAAGACGAAGAAGAAGAAGAGGAGGAGGAGGAAGAGGUUGAAUCCAGCGAUGAGGAUGGAGAAGAGGACAUUUCCACAACUGAAGAGCCAGGAAAUGAUAGUGGCUGCACUGCUGUAGUUGCAUUGUUGAGAGGUACCGAGCUGUUUGUGGCAAACGCAGGUGACUCCCGUUGCAUUAUCUGCAGAGAAGGCAAAGCCAUAGACAUGUCGAUAGAUCAUAAGCCCGAAGACGCUCCAGAACUGGAAAGAAUAACAAAGGCUGGCGGAAAAGUGUCAAAUGACGGCCGCAUCAACGGCGGGCUCAAUCUCUCAAGAGCUAUCGGAGAUCACUCAUACAAACAAAAUAAAGACUUAACUGCCACUGAGCAAAUGAUCACUGCUUUGCCUGAUGUGAAAAGAUUGACAAUCGAACCUGAAAAAGAUCAGUUUAUGGUGCUCGCAUGCGAUGGUAUAUGGAAUUACAUGUCUAGUCAAGAAGUGUGCGAUUUUAUUCUACCCAGGUUAGCUGAAGGGCGGGAGAAACUGUCACAAAUAUGUGAAGAGAUGUUUGAUCAUUGCUUAGCUCCUAGCACAAUGGGAGAUGGAACAGGCUGUGAUAAUAUGACUGCUAUUAUUGUACGGUUCAAAGAUGCAGUUAUCCCAGAAAUAGGACAAGCCGAGUCAAAGAAACGGGCCGCUGAGGAGUUGCCAGAAGAAAACCAGGACGUUAAGAGACCAAAAGUUGAUGAUCCCUUGUCGAGUUCAAUAGUGACUUCAAGUGUUUAA